GAGUUGAACUUGACAAAGAUGAUAUAUUAUUUCGACAGGGCUCGCAUUUUGGUGAACUCGCGCUGAUCUACAAUGGUUAUCGGCGGGGAACAGUCGUCGCGAGCGAGCCAUCUGUCCUUUACGCGCUCGAUCGAAACUCGUUUAUAAAAGCGACAAGUUACAAUUCAGAGCUCAUCGCCGUGUUUGAUAAAUUUGCUUUAAUUAUUGACGAAGUGGAAAACUCAAAAGAACCACUAGAAACACAACGUUAUAUGGAUGUUAACGGCUUUAUUAAGGCGAUGACGCAAAAUCGAGAAAAUCUUCCGGAAAUUGAUUAUGAUGCGGAAGACCAGCGCCUUCGUUCUUUAUUUAGACUGAUUGACCGGCAUGGAAGCGGAAUGAUCGACUUUUCAGAAUUUGCACUUUUUUUACGAAUUCUUUCCUCGCCUGAUCCGGACUUUGAUUUGGCAUUUUAUUACUUUGAUAAAGAUUCUGACGACGCCAUCACAAAAAGUGAGUUUAUUGAUAUUCUCAAGUCAAAUAUUUCCGAAGAAGCUGAAAACGCUUUUUUGAAUCUUGAUUGCGAAACCAUGAAGCGUUUCUUUGGCUCGGAAGGUAACGAGCGUUCCCUUAACUUUUAUGAAUUCACGGAAUUUUUUAUACAGUUUCAAAUCGAAUAUGCACGCCAGUUGUUUCUUUCGCAAGACGAGGAGGGAAAAGGAUAUAUUUCUGCUGACUCUUUUGUUAAUAUAACAAAACUUUUGGGUGAUCCACGUGCUUUUGCAUACUCUGACUAUUUGUUGAGUUCUGUUAGUUCGAAGAAGAAAGUCACUUUUGCUGAAUUUGUUGGAUUUCAAAAGUUUCUGCAGCAUCUUCCUGCCAUCAAACACAUGCUUUGGUCCACUUUUAAAAAAUUUCCCAAUUCUAAUAUCGACAUGAAUAACUUUCGCGCAUUGAUGCGCAGCAACGCGGUAACCACUUUUUCGCCAAUCGAAGCGGCCAUUUGCUUUCAGCUUUUUGGGACGAACAACGGCACGAUCAUCACUGCCGCUUCGUUUAGAGAAAAGAUUAUCAACUUUCAUAUGGGAGAGGAAG